UACUAGCAUAGUCAAUAGCUAGAAAGCUCGAAUGGAGGUUCAUGUCCAUCACUAGAAACUAAAAAGAAAAAAAAAAAAAAAAAAAAACCCCAAACCUGGCUGUGGUUUCUGCUCCAAAGAAGAACAACUCAUUCAAUAAAAAAGAUAACCCAAAUCUUCUAUUGGGUCGUUUCGAGUUAGGAAAACUCCUCGGCCAUGGAACCUUCGCUAAAGUCCACCUCGCCAAAAACAUCAAAACAGAUGAAUCUGUUGCAAUCAAAAUCAUAAACAAAGAAAAAAUCCUAAAGGUCGGUUUAGUUUCACAUAUCAAACGAGAAAUCUCCAUUCUCCGCCGUGUUCGCCACCCCAACAUCGUUCAACUCUUCGAAGUUAUGGCUACGAAGACAAAGAUCUACUUUGUCAUGGAGUAUGUGCGAGGUGGCGAGCUUUUCAACAAGGUUGCUAAAGGUAGGUUGAAAGAACAAGUUGCAAGGAAGUAUUUUCAGCAAUUAAUCUGUGCCGUUGAUUUUUGUCAUGCUAGAGGUGUUUUUCAUAGAGAUCUAAAACCUGAAAAUUUGUUGCUUGAUGAAAAUGGUAACCUUAAAGUUUCAGAUUUUGGACUUAGUGCUGUGUCUGAUCAAAUUAGGCAAGAUGGGUUGUUUCACACUUUUUGUGGUACACCUGCUUAUGUUGCUCCUGAGGUUUUGGGUAGAAAAGGUUAUGAUGGUGCUAAGGUUGAUAUUUGGUCUUGUGGGGUUGUUUUGUUUGUUCUUAUGGCUGGUUAUUUACCUUUUCAUGAUGGUAAUGUUAUGGCUAUGUAUAAGAAGAUUUAUAAAGGUGAAUUUAGGUGUCCAAGAUGGUUUUCACCUGAAUUAACUACCCUUUUAACUAGGCUUCUUGAUAUCAAACCGAAAACAAGGAUUUCUAUUCCAGAGAUUAUGGAGAAUAGUUGGUUUAAGAUAGGUUUUAAGCAUAUAAAGUUUUAUGUUGAGGAUGAUGUUGUUUGUAACUUUGACGAUUCUCUUGAUUUUGAUGAUGAUAAGAUAGUUAAUAUUGAUGAUAAUAGUCGUGUAAAUGUUGGCGAUGAAGAAACAUUAUUAGCAUCGGUAUCAGAAUCAGAAUCGGAGGAUUUUGAGGUUGUGAAUAGAAGGAGGAAUCGUGGUUCGUUGCCUAGGCCUGCAAGUUUGAAUGCUUUUGACAUUAUAUCGUUUUCGCAAGGUUUUGAUCUUUCUGGGUUGUUUGAGGAAAAGGGCGACGAGGCGAGGUUUGUGUCGGGUGCAUCGGUGUCAAAGAUUAUGUCAAAAUUGGAGGAGGUUGCCCAAUUGGUUAGGUUCAAUGUGAGGAAGAAAGAUUGCAAGGUUAGCUUGGAGGGUUCUAGAGAAGGGGUAAAAGGGCCAUUGACUAUUGCUGCUGAGGUAUUUGAGUUGACACCUUCUUUGGUGGUUGUGGAAGUGAAGAAAAAAGGAGGAGAUAAGGUUGAGUAUGAUAGAUUUUUAAACUCUGAAUUGAAACCUGCUUUGCAUAGUUUAAUUGUGGAGGAAUCUGGUGGUUCUUCAUGUCAAACUACAGCAGCUGAAGCUUUGCAACAACGUGCAUUUUCUGACUCUGCCCUUGAUAAACAUUCAGAUAGUAUUGAAUCUUUAGACUGAGAUUACCUCAACAAUUACAUAUAAUAAGAUAAAUGGGUAUGUCUUAAUUUCUUGUUUUUUUUUUCUUUGUUGUUUGUUAUAGGCUAUGUAUGUAUGGUACUUUUUCUUUGUUUUUUUUACUACUCGAUUGUUCUGCUUUUGUAGAUGUGAUUGUACUUGUGUGUCCUAAAUAUCCUAAUGGUGUAAGAAGAAGGCCAAUUCAAUUUAAAUUUAGUCAAUGGAAUAUACAUUUUCUGUUUUGGCACA